CGACACUUUUUUAACUGUUCUCUCCUUGAGCAAUCCCAAUCCUGCGUCAGCAGCUCUCCAGCUUGCGCCUUGCCUCGUUCAGCUUGCACGGGCACCCACAUUUGGAGCCGUCGGCCUUCCCAAAGGUAUUCAUAGCCUCAAGGAUAUCCCAUCCCACGCGGAUCUUUUCAUUGUAACUCGUCCUCCCGGACUUAUAUAUUCCCAUUGUCACAAGUCGCAUCCACCUUGAAGACCUCCCUCAUCCUCACUCUUCCACAGCUAGCAUUAGUUGAUCUUGAAUCAAGAUGCCGCAGAGCAAGCCAAAGCCUUCCGAAAUUGCUCUGGAAGCAAAGCGAAGGUAUCUUCCCGCUCUAGAGAAUUCUCCCCAAUGGCGAAGUUAUAUGUGUGGUUCGUGUCUGAUCAAAGACACCGCCGAAGUGCCCGUCACGCCAGACAAGAGACGGUAUGGGCGGCCUCGCGUUACAGUUGAAGACAGUGAUCCUGUUAGCGUUGUCAUCGGCGCAAAGGCCUAUGGAUCCAUAGCUCUUGUUAACACGGCCAACGAAAAGAAAGCGGGCGGUGAUUGGGAAUCAGGCUUCACUGCCACUGAAGAAUGCUUGGCUCGGAGAAGCACUCUUGUUCACGCUCUUAUGCACAAUUAUCACGAAGGUGGCAAAGCAAAAAGCUUUUAUCCAAUCCCUCAACGGGGAGCAAUAUACUCGCCACAUGUCGUUGUAUUCAGAGACGGAGAACGUGGGAUGUAUCGGCCGUACGAUCAGUAUCAAGACAUUGCAGUAAUCUCGGUCGCUCCUAUACGAGGGCCGCGGCUAGAUGUGACGGGAACCGAUUAUUCUUUCCCCGAAGAACGAGAACUCAUGGAAAGCAAGAUGAAGGCCAUUUUACGUACGGCAGCCUGGGCGCAAAUUCCUCGACUCUGUAUCGCGGCUUUCGGAAUUGGUCCCGUGUUCAAAAAUCCAGCUCGCAUAACGGCACUUAUGUGGAUGCAGCUCCUCUUUCACGACCAGGAAUUCUACGGCGCCUUUGAAGAUAUUGUUUUUGCCAUAGAUACGUCCUCAUCGAGCGCCUCGAAGACCACACAAGCAGAUCUGGACGCCUACAGAGAGGUUUUCCACCCUAGCAAUGUAGUGCCAAGCCAGUAUCGCACUAGUCAUUUUAACUACGAAUGAAUGAACAAGCUGCAACACCAUGCGUGGCGGGGUUUUAGAGUGUGGGUCGGAAUAGUUCUAGGACGCAAAAUUAUCAUUGUUUCUUUCAAAGCUGCGCAGUGAGCCAGGCACGAAGAUUUAAC